AUGGAGAGUCUGUUCGGCAUCACAGGCAAAGGGUUUACUAUCAUUGCAUCAGACAAUAAUGCAGCUCGUUCCAUCAUCAAAAUGAAGUCGGAUGACGACAAGCAAAAGGUUUUAUCGAAUCAUCUCGUAAUGACAUAUGCUGGUGAAUCUGGUGAUACAAUUCAGUUUGCAGAAUACAUUGAGCGGAACAUGCGCUUGUAUUCGAUUCGUAAUAAUAUCGACCUGCGACCAAAGGCCGCUGCAUCAUGGAUACGCUCGCAACUGGCUGAGUCGAUUCGCUCGCGUCAUCCAUAUCAAGUGAACUUGUUGCUUGGUGGAUACGACGAGCCGAGUUCAGAGCCUGCUCUAUACUGGAUCGACUACCUCGGUACACUUGUUCAGGUGCCUUUUGCUGCACAUGGUUAUGCUUCCUACCUGACGCUCUCUACCAUGGAUCGCUACCAUCGUCCUGAUAUGUCUUUGGAAGAGGGCUUGCAAUUGCUAAAACAAUGUAUCAAUGAAAUGCGCACGCGUUUUGUGAUUGACGUAGGCAGUUUCUCUGUACGCAUCAUCACCCGUGAGGGCGUACGGGAAGUAGCCAUUUAA